AUGAUUUACGUAAGAACAAUUCACCAUCAUCAAUUUCAAACAAGAAGAAACGAAAAGAUCUUCAUUUCAAUCGUUCAGCGAAAGAACCUUCCAUCAAAUUCUCUUCAACAACCGUUGGUUAAUACCGUUAAAGGCACGACACAUCGAAUCUUUUGGAAUAGAAUGCAACAUAUGUACGCAAAUGAUAACUCCAUGCCACAACAUGAUACAGAAUUGUAUACUCAAUCAGCGCAUGUGCAUCAACACUCUGUACAACAUCAUUUACAAUAUCCACAUGAGAAUCCUUCUCUCUCCCCACAGCAGUCGUCGACAAGUGACGCAGAUGAAACUUCAACGCCUCCACCUUCACUCAAUCGGACAGGAGUGAAUGUCACUGUCUCAGCGAAAAUAGUCAAGAAGAAGAAACAACCGAAAAAGAAACGUAAAGAUCCUAAUGAACCUCAAAAACCGGUUUCUCCGUAUGCACUUUUCUUUCGUGACACGCAGAAUGAAAUCAAAAAGAAAUUGGCCAAUCCAUCAUUCGGAGAAAUUUCCAAAGUCGUUGCUCACAGAUGGGAAAAUAUCGAGCCUGAAUUAAAAGAACAAUACAAACGCAAAGCAGCUGCAGCCAAGAAAGAAUAUCUCAAACAGCUCGCUGCCUAUCGAGCGGUACAAGUUUCACACCAAACUCCAAAUAUGCAUCAUAUUCUCGGUCAAAAUAGUCUACUAUUCGAUCCGAAUUCCAUGCAAAUUCAAUCGUCAGUUCAACAUCAACAGAAGCAAUACAACACUGCUGGACUGGCUGGUCCAAUGAUGAGUGAUAAUAAUAAUUUCUUAUCAUCACCUCAUCAUCAUCCUCAUCACCUUGCAUCUUACAAUCACCAUCAUCACCAUCAUCAUCAUACUCUUCAGCAAUACUGUCCUCCUCCUCCACCCCUUCCAGCUCCUCCUCCAAUUCAACAGCAAUUUAAUAAUUAUCAUUAUAUGAAUACUUACUCUCAAGAAACAUCAAAUGUUUAUAAUUCCGACUCGCAAAUACAUUUCUCGACACAUCAACACCACUUCGAUACUCAACAAACCUAUUCGUCUUACGAUUCAAAUAAUAAUUACGGCGAUCAACAACAAUACGGUCUACUCCGACCAGCUAUUGAAUCUGAACUCUAUUCAUCAUAUUAUACUCAAUCAUCAAACGAUGUUGAACAUUCAACUAUUGAUCAAUCAUCCAUGUCAUCAAUAGCAAAUGAAAAUUUAUUACAUAAUUUGAAUAAUAAUACUAACACUAACAACAACAAUAACGCAACUACAAGUAGUAGUAAUAGUAAUAGCACCAACACACCACACUAUACGGACUUAACAGCCAUGCCAUCUUCGUCGUCGUCAUCAACAACAAACGGAAUGGUUGAAAAGCACUAUGAUUAUGUUAGUAGUAUUCAACAUGGUACAUCAGCAUCGGCAGCAUUGAAUGAAAUUGAUCAUCAUCACAAAGAUGACGAUCAAUCAACAUUACCUCUCAGUAAUGAACAUAAUUUUCAUUGGAAUCAAACAACAUGUCUAGCCACACAGUGGUGA